AUGAAGUUCUUCUCGACGCUGGCAGUAGCCUGUCUCCUCGCCCCGACAAUCGCGCACCCCCAACCCCUCACCACCGACAACCAACGGCGCGAGGCCGUCGCAGAAGCAGAGUCCAUCUUCGCACCCGUCAGCGCAGUCAGCGAUCUCUGGAAGCGAAAGGGUGGCGGAGCAAGCGGUGGCAAAGGAGGCUCUUCAUCGUCGUCUGGCAAAGGAGGAGGCACUUCAUCUGGUUCCACAUCAUCAGGUAAAGGCUCGUCGAGCUCAAACGCAGGAGGCUCUACAAGGACUGGUUCAGGCGCCAGACCCGUCUAUGGCGGGUAUUAUGGCGGAGGAGCUACGACACCAUACAGAUCUGGCUCCAGAUCUCCAUUGGGAAUUGCCCCUGUAUUCCUAGGUGUUGGUUUGCUGGCCAUCUACCCGGGCCUGUGGCUCUACGGUGCCUACUCGUACCCUUACAGCAAUCCAUACUCGUUCCGCAACCGCACUGCCCAAAACACGACGACUCCUACUCGUGACGUGCAGAUGGCUAGAAUUCUAGUCAGACAGAAUGAAGGUGUCAACGAGACGAAGCCCGUCAUCUGUCUCUGCGCUGAAUAUUCUGUCUGUGGUUGCGACGACAACAACAACUCCACCUUCCUCGAUAUUCUCAUCGGCGAUGGUGAUUAUUUCAAGCUGAACCAGUCCUUGGUCACUGUCGCCGACGUCAACGGCACAAGCACCAUUCUCAUCAACGGAACCCUCCCCAACGGCACCACCGCAGCUGGAGGAACCGAGGAUGCCUCUGCAGCCAUCCGCAGCAUUGCCGAGGCCAGCGGGUACUGGGUGAUGAUAGGCCUUGUGGGCCUAACCUGCUUCGCCAUCUGA